CUGCAGGUAUCUAUAUAAGGCAUGGAACUAGAAAACCAGACCAGAGUCCAGGAGUUUAUCCUCCUGGGUUUCCCAACUGUCACGGAACUUCAGAUAUUGCUGUUUGUAAUAUUUCUUAGUGUCUAUAUCCUGACCCUGCUUGAGAACCUUGUGAUCAUCACUCUAAUCAGAACAAACAGCCAUCUUCAAAAACCCAUGUACUUUUUCCUUAGUCACUUGUCUUUCCUGGAGACCUGGUAUAUUUCUGUGACUGUUCCCAAGCUCCUUGUUAAUUUCUUAGCAGAGAACAAGAGCAUUUCCUUUGAAGGCUGCAUGGCCCAACUCUACUUCUUCAUAUCUCUAGUCUGCACUGAGUGCGUCCUCCUGGCUGCCAUGGCUUACGAUCGCUAUGUUGCCAUUUGCAACCCACUACGCUACCCAGUCAUAAUGAGUGCCCAGUUCUGCUUGCAGCUAGCAGUGGGAUCGUGGAUGGCUGGUUUCCUCAUCUCUAUGCUCAAGGUCUUUUUCAUUUCCCGGUUGAGUUUCUGUGGCCCAAACAUCAUCAACCAUUUCUUCUGUGACAUUUCACCUUUGCUCAACCUCUCCUGCACAGAUCGAACAGUGGCUGAGAUGGUAGACUUUGUAUUUGCCCUCCUCAUCCUCCUCAUUCCUCUGUCAGUCACUAUUGGCUCCUAUGUCUGCAUAAUAGGCACCAUUUUACGUAUCCCCACAGCCCAGGGGAAAAGAAAAGCCUUUUCCACCUGUGCCUCGCACCUCACUGUGGUUGUUAUCUUCUACUCAGCUACCCUCUUCAUGUAUGCUCGACCAAGGAGAAUCCAUUCUUUUGACCUCAAUAAGCUUGUGUCGGUUGUAUACACCAUAGUCACCCCCAUGUUGAAUCCCUGCAUUUACUGCCUAAGGAAUCAAGAUGUCAAGGAAGCCCUGAAAAAGUGUUGUUGUAGCUUUAGUGCUGAUACUAUGAUUACCUCUAGUGACCAUUAG